GCAGACAUAGGCGCGUAUAGAAAGGGACGAUCGUAUGUAGGUACAACAAGAAGCAAGAACAACAAUUCACUUUGCAUUGCUCGUGCCAAACAUUCCCCCACCAACUUCGAAAUCGAAGGGACACGAGCCCCGAGAGGUAGGGGUACACAAGAAAAUGUUAUAAGCGAAAAUAAAAGCAAGAAAGAAGGCAAGGUCCCCGCGAGUGGCGAAGCUUCAAAGACGAGAGGGUAGUUUUUUUUGCAGUCUGUGUAGGUGCUUCGUAGAGCGAGCGUCGUAGCAAAGGCUUUCUAAAGAGAAUUGAAGAAAAAGAAGAAGAAGAAGUAAAAGAAGGAUGUGGGACGAUGAACCAGCUCCAUGGGAUAUCGAAGAAACGGCUCCCGAAGAAACAGGAGACCAAGAAGGGGCCAAGGAAGGGGGAGCUGAAGGGGUUGCACCCGGUGAACUACCAAAAGUAAAGCUCGAGAAGAUCGAACCUCCAAAGUACAAUCAUCAUUGGGUGCGCCCAUUAUUUCUCAAUUAUGACUAUCUUUACGAUUACAGGAAGAAUUAUUACGACGAUGUAAUCGACUAUCUCGAUCAAAGACAAAAGGGUUUGUAUCGUGAGCCUCCAAGAGCACAGGAAUGGGCAGAAAGGGCCAUGAGGACGUACGAUCAGAAGAACCUUGAUAAGAGUAUUAAGAGAUCCGCCGAUAUGAAAUACAUCACUAAAAUGAUAGUUACGCCAAGACAUUAUAGCUAUCAUACGCGAGCAUAUUAUAGCUUGAAGUAUCAGAGAAUUCUUUGAGUUAUCAUUUUUGACGGAGAAUAAUCGGCGAAGAUUGACGAUUAACGAUCUUACACUAUUCUUCGUCGAUAUUGCUAUUACCGAUAAUGCCAGUGGUAAGCUACUAAUCAUUUUUUUAAUCGGCUUACCUAUACGUCGUAUAUAACAUCAUCUUAGAAAUGAGGAUGUUGUAUUUUAAAAAUAAAUCGUAGUCGUCGUAGAUAUUUAUUCUGGAUCUUUCAUUAAACGAGGAAAAAGAUCACGGUUUACCUCUGGCCAAAUUCAUCUAUCGAGUAGCACUUACCGUCUAAUGUAUCGAUAAUUUCAUUUCUAGAUAAAUUCGAUUCGAUUUCAUACGCGAUUCAUUUAUCUUCGUAGAUAUAUAUUUUUCAUAAAUAGGGACAAACAUUCGCAUAAAACUUCGAUAUCUUAUCCCAUCAACAAAUCAAUCGUCAUAAAUUUAAACGCGUACUCGUUUUAUUUGUUUCGUUUGAUUAUUUAUUUGUCAUCAAUUUUAUGAUAUAGCUAUGACGUGCUCGUGUACUAUGCCUAUUGUAUGUGUAUUACUGUUAUAAAUCGGUAUUAUAGAAUACAUGUGCACUUUUACUUAACGAAA